GGGAGGCCGGAGGAGGCGCCGCGGGGACUUUGGCCUGGGGAGGGGCCGCGGUCGGCGCCGGACCCGCACCCGGACCCGGAGGCGGGGGCAGGGGCACGGACGGACACAGGUACGGCGGGAGGGACACCCACCCCGGCCGGUCCGGGGCCAACCUUCCCACCACCCAGGUCCUCACCCUCCGGCAGCAACAUGGCCCAGAGGAGCUCGGGUGGCUCGUCGGACGAGGUGUCCAGCCUCCUGGGCCACCAGGUCCACUCCAGCCUAUGCCUCGACACGUCAGGGGACCCACCCCCGGAAAGAGCCCAAGACAACGCCGCCUUCCAGCCUGAGCCCCGCCCCCCGGUCCAGCCCCACCAGAUCAUCCUGAGCACAGAGAGCCCAGCGGCACUCAAAGUGGGAACGCAACAGGUGAUCCCCAAGGCCCUGGCGGUCGCCAGUAAGCCCAAGGGUCCAGCCCGGCACCAGAGCUUCGCCUCGAUCAAGCUGAGCAAGGAGGCUGCCCGCCGCAACCCCAAACUCCUACCAGGCCCUAGCUUCUCCCACGAUGACCUGGACCUGGACAUGAACUCGGGAGGCAAGCUGCAGCGGAACUUGCGCAACCAGUCUUACCGGGCAGCCAUGAAGGGCUUGGGGAUCCCCGGCAGGGUGGCCCCGGCCGUGCGGCCCGUCAAGGUCCUGACAGAGGAGAUCAGCCCGGCACCCGGUGCCCGUAUGCCGGCCAAGCACAAGAACACCCUGGGAAGGAAGCGGCCACAAAAGGGUUCCUUUAAGGAUGACCCCCGGUUCUACCAGGAGAUCCGGGAGAGGGGCCUCAACUCCACCAGCCACGAGUCUGACGACGACCUCCUGGAGGACAGCUCCACUCUGGAUGGGUCCCACAAGUCAGACCCGGGCAUCGUGGUGAAGAACUACCGGCCCACCCAGAUCACCUGGAGCAGGCUCCCCGAGGUCGUGGAGGCUGACCUGCUGAACAAGCUGUCCCCCGAAGAAUGCAAGCGGCAGGAGGCGAUCUUCGAGAUCAUCACAUCGGAGUACUCCUACUUGCACAGCCUGAGGAUCCUGGUGAGUGAGUUCCUGAAGUCCAAGGAGCUUAGUGCCACCAUGACACAGAUGGAGCACCACCAUCUCUUUUCCAACAUCACGGACAUCCUGGGCGCCAGUCAGAGGUUUUUUGAGGACUUGGAGAAAAAACACCAAAAGAACGUGCAGAUCGAUGAUAUCAGCGUCAUUCUGGAGAAGCAUGCCAACAACCACUUCCAACCCUAUGUUGCCUACUGCUCCAAUGAGGUCUACCAGCAGAGGACACUGCAGAAGCUCAUGGACUCCAAUCCGGCCUUCAAAGAGGCCCUGAAAGAGAUCGAGAGGCGACCGGCCUGCGGUGGGCUCCCCAUGAUCUCCUUCCUGAUCUUGCCCAUGCAGAGGGUGACCCGCCUUCCACUGCUGAUGGACACCAUCUGUCUGAAGACGGACAAACAGUCAGAGAAGUAUAAAGCUGCUGAUCAAGCAAUGAAGGCCAUCAGCAAGCUGGUGAAGCAGUGCAAUGAGGGGGCCCACAAGAUGGAGAGGACGGAACAGAUGUACACCCUGCAAACCCAGCUGGACUUCGGCAAAGUCAAGUCCUUCCCCCUCAUCUCGGCUUCCCGCUGGCUGCUCAAGCGAGGAGAACUCACCUUGGAUUCGGGGAUUCUCCGGAAAAUCUCUGGGCGGGCCACCUGCUACCUCUUCCUGUUCAAUGAUGUGCUGAUUGUCACCAAGAAGAAAAGCGAGGAGAGCUACGUUGUGUUGGACCAUGCCAAGACCGACCAGAUUGAGGUGAAGAAAAUCGACCCGGAAGACCUGCAGCCCCCCACCACUGGAAAGUCAGGCGGCGGGAACCGGAGUUCCUCGGUCCCAUACAUGUUCCGCGUGUCCAUAGCCAGGAACAGCGAAGGGAAGCCGGAGAAGCUGCUGCUGUCCACAGACUCCCUGAGUGACCGGGUGCGGUGGAUCACGGCCCUGGAACGUACAGAAAACAAGGAACCGGAUUUGGCCAACAAAGGAGGUGUGUCUGAGAACCAGGUGGAGAUCACCAAGGCCUACUUGGCCAAGCAGGCGGACGAGCUCACCCUCCAGCAGGCUGACGUGGUGUUGAUCCGUCAACAGGAGGACGGCUGGCUGUUCGGGGAAAGGCUGCGGGAUGGAGAGAUAGGCUGGUUCCCAGAGGAGCACGCCUACCAUAUCACCAACCGCAUGGCAAUGGAGAGAAACGUCCGCAAAAUGGAGCGCCUGCGGGUCGACCAGGUCGAGACGGGCAUGUAGCCCAGGCCGCCGCCCAAGUCCAUGCCUGCCUACUGCCAGGUCCUUCUGGCCCUUUCGCUGCUAGCUGGGGGUGGGGACCAGUGACCUACCUGCCCUCCCCGGCCCCAUUACCCAGCUCGGGACUCUGGGUGUGUGUGUGUGUGAAGAACUGCCCCACCCCCCCACCUCUCUCCCUACCCCUCUGGCCACCUUCUUCCUCCCGGGCCAGGGGCCAUAGAGGAGCAGAUCUGGAGCAGCCCUGGAGCAACAGCAAGAAGUGGAGCCUGGAGAGGAGGUCCACGAGCUCCUAAUGCCAAUAAUGCAGGAGCCCCCUGUCCCCUGUCCCCCGACCCCCCACCUUCCCUUCCCUCCCCAUCCCCAGUGGGGGCAGCUGCAGGGAGCCCUAGUUUGGAAGGGUGGAGGCAGUUCUUGCUCCCCUCUUUCCUCCCUUGCCCCACAACUCUGCCUCUCCCCAUGCAUCCUGUCCCGUGCCCUCGCCCCUCUGCACCCCCCACCUCCUUGCCUGGGAGCGGCGGCCUCCGGGACAGAGGGGGCAGGUCCCGCUCCGAGACUGCAGCUGGGACCCAGAACCGCAAGGGACAGAUUACAUCUGCCGGCCCCAGGCCCAGUCCCGGCCCCUGCCCCCAGCCCGGUUUCGGGAGCUGGCUGGCUGGGAUGGCCGGGGCUACCUCGCUGCAUUCGGACAUAAUGGCCGGACCUCACGGACGCCCGGCCGCGUGAGCCGCGGACGCUGCCAGAAACAUUGUUGGUCGGAGAUUCAAGUCUAAUAAAGGCUAUAGAGUGAG